UGCACACCACCACUCAGAACAACAAAUCCAACACAAACGCCCACACAUGCAUCUGGGGGCUGUAGGUUUCUGUAUUGUACGAGAGUUUGUUGCCCACUGCCAGUGUUCCAAAGAUUCGUUUUGUUUCGUCUUUAAUUUUCACUUUCAAUUCGCUUUCAUGUUGCUCCGUUCGUAAGUUCGUCCCUAUAUCCAACAGCGGCAGCAGUAGUAGUUGGUAGCAGUCGUCUUGUUUCCACCGUUCGUAGUGCAGACUCCCUGUAGUAGGACCUGUUACGUUCUGAGUUCCGUGGUCUCGGUUCGGUUUCGGUUUCGGGUUUUUCUUUGGUGUGUGCGAGGUGCGCGAGCUAAAGAGCCUGGCCCUCUGUUGUCUGUGGCCAGCGAGCAGCACCGGGCCAAAACAAAACAAAACACAGGCUCGACAUCGAUCGAUUGGAUUGGGGUGUUCCGGUACCGGGCUUAGGUGGAUAGGCACAGACCGUCCUAUCAGUGCGGUCCUUCAUCGUAAGUGGCCGUCCGCCCCCGAUUGUGAUUUUGUGGGCAGAAAGCAAAGCAAAGCACCAUACUCCCCGACGCAAUGAGCUUCCUGUUCCGUUCGAGCAAGACAUUCAAGCCAAAGAAAAACAUUCCGGAAGGUACGCAUCAGUAUGACCUUAUGAAACAUGCGGCGGCCACCCUCGGGUCGGGCAAUCUUCGAAACGCGGUACAGCUUCCCGACGGCGAAGAUCUGAACGAAUGGGUUGCAGUCAACACGGUAGAUUUCUUCAAUCAAAUCAACAUGCUGUACGGUACGAUCACGGAGUUUUGCACCGAGGACACGUGCAGCAUCAUGUCGGCCGGACCAAAGUACGAGUACCACUGGGCGGACGGGCAGACGGUCAAGAAGCCGAUCAAAUGCAGCGCCCCGAAGUACAUCGACUACCUGAUGACGUGGGUGCAGGACCAGCUGGACGAUGAGACGCUCUUCCCGUCCAAGAUCGGCGUCCCGUUUCCGAAGAACUUCAUCAACAUCGCCAAGACGAUCCUGAAGCGGCUGUUCCGCGUGUACGCCCACAUCUACCACCAGCACUUCUCGGAGGUGGUGCGAUUGAGCGAGGAAGCACAUCUGAACACGUCCUUCAAGCACUUCAUCUACUUCGUGCAAGAGUUUAAUCUCAUCGAUCGCCGGGAGCUAGCCCCGUUACAGGAUCUUAUCGAUAAGCUCAUCACCAAGGAUGGACGAUAAGUGUGUGUGUGUUUGUGUGUGGACGUGCGUUUCCGUGUUGAGGCGCGACUCUCAUCCUGCCACAGCGAUGGCCACAAGACAAUUCUUACCUCCAAACUCACACACACACCCUUUCCUAUCUCCCCCCUAACCACCCCCACCCACUUUUGAUAAUCGUUCCCCGGCACUACUACCUUUCUCACUAAGUUAAUUUAUUUCUUUUACCACUAUAAUGUUCUCGAAUGUGUUGUUUUUUUUUUAAAUUAAAGUACGAUUUUUAAUGUUAAGCUUCUGUGCCGCAGUGUGCCCUCUACCCAGUCCGCGGUGGUGAGGUGUGUGAGCUUAGCCGAAUGCCGGUACACAGUGCGUUACGGUGACGUUUUAUAAAAAUGUCCCGGCACUGUUCGCUUCCGGAUCGGAAACGGACGGAUUGAGGCAUUCGGUUCGUAUCCGUGUUUUGUAUAUAUCGUUGAUAAAUACCUCUUUAGUGCGUUUUUGUUUGUUUGUUUUGGUUUUACUUUUCCUCUCCCCGUCCCGUUUUCGGUUCUCGGUUCUUAGUUGUUUGCACCACAUCCCCCAAUCCGGAAUCAAUUCACAGUGUGCACUCAAAAUCGAUUAAAUUGCGGGCGUGUACGAGCUACUCCUAACCAGAAACAAUGCCAAACAGGGGACAUAAUUUGCAACUUUCACGGCAGGGGUACACGGAGCAGGAACCAGGUAUACACAGGCUGCUCCCCUUUGCUCUCGAUCGGCAAGAGAAGCGGGGGAAAACAGAACGGAAAAACGGAAGCAAAACGAUAGGCGGUGGACAAAAAAAUGUAUGCUAAAAGCAGGCGCCAACAAUUGACUGAUAACAAAUGGUGGAGAGGAGAAGGAAAAGCACAGACAGGGCAGCAAAUGGAACGAUGAUAGGCUUACAGAACCAGAAUUGAUGAUAAUAAGCAUAAUAAUUAUACAAUCGUGUGUGUGUGUGUGUACGUGUGUGUACUACACUCCACAGCGACGAUAUCGGGGCCCGGGCCACGGCUCGCCGAAUUCGCGAUGUUCGCGUGUGCCGGAAGUGUGGAAGAUAUGGAUAGCUUAAAUGGAGCAGUUUUAGAUUUCAAAAUUAAGCUUACCUUUUUUAGCGGAACCGAACAAAAUGCAAGGCGCAAAAAGGAAGGGUUGUGCUGCCGAUGCCGCCGGGUUAGCUGAACAUUUGAACGCAGCAUCAUCAUGUGAACGCAUCAUUAAAGUACGAUAACUGUAGAUUUCUUUUAAA